GAUAAACCCAUGCAACUUGAAGAAGAAAACUCCGAAGAUUUUGAGGUACUCCUUUAUUGGAAGCUUCAUGAGAAAAAAUUUCCAACGCUCUCCAUAAUGGCACGAGAUAUUCUUAGUAUUCCCAUCACUACAGUGGCAUCAGAAUCUUCUUUCAGUAUUGGUGGACGCGUUCUUACCAAAUACAGAAGCUCCACACUUCCUGAACACAUCCAAAUGUUGAUUUGCACUCGAAAUUGGUUGCACGGCUUUACUGAAUAUAUAAAUGAUGAUGAUGAAAGUAAUAUUGUGGACGACUGCAACACUGCGGCGACAAUGACUCAACAUGGAUGAAUGCAACGCUAGGGGCGACUGCAACACUGCGGCGAUAAUGACUCAAAGAAUUUUAUUUUAUAUCUACUAGUAUACUUUUUUCCUACUAUGUGACUGUGUUCUUAUGUGUAAAUCUCCCGCUUAUAUUUGGACGAGUGUAUGAGGAUUUUGAUAAUUUGAUGUGUUAGAUGAAAAAAAACUUAAGUGAGUUCUAGGAAUUUUUUUCCGAAAAUUCUCGUUUCCGAGAAUUCUUAAAAUUUUCGUUUCCGAUGCUUCGACUCAUCUGAUGGGGUAAUCCAGCAGAAACUAAAGUGAUCAUUUUGUUUUAACAAAAUGUAAUUAUUUGAUUGAGCAAAGUUUAUAACACCAGAUAUUGGUACACAAAUCUUAA